CACAAUUGCCAUAAAUCUAAUGGCGGAUCUCAGUAGAAUUCAGAAAAUUUACUCCGAUCUACUAAAUUAUUUGCCAAUUGGAAUCUUGCCACGUAGUCAACGUUGGGGUGUUUGGAUAAGUUGUGCUCCUCUCUUUCAACUUUGGCACUAAAAAAAAGGCACUUGAAUUUACAGCAAUAACCCCAGAUGGAAUUUGUCAAAACAUACCACCUAAUCGUCGUGCUUGUGUUUUGUCUACGUGGCUCUUCUCCAUUUGACCUUUUUAUUACUUUUAUGAUAUGGAUAAUGCCAUAAUGCGAUACAGUGAUAAUGGGUCUUUUCAUAAUGUUCCCAAAUGCUAUGCCAUCCAAAAAUUACUAUACCCUUAACAAUAAUAAUAAAUAAUAUUCUGAUUUUGUGGGAAAUAUAUAUAUAUAUAUAUAUAUAUAUAAGGGUAAUAUGGGAAAUAAAAAGAAUUCCAAAAUUGGAAGAAUAAUAACGACCUUAAAAUCCAUGAUCUAAGUUUGCAGAGUGGAAUUUUGCGUUUACAGAGUCGGUGAUAAAAUCAUCUCUCCCGAUCCAACACCACCCAUUUCCAAAAUGCUUGCAGUUUUCCACAAAUCUAUUGCUGAGGCCCCUGAGGGUCUCCGGACUCCGGACUCUGCCUCCCUUCCUGCUCUAAAAGAUGGAUUUCUUCCUCAAUUUUUUGCUUCUCUUCAUCCUUCUGCUGUCACCGUCAACCUUGGCUCUUCCGGCGCCAUCUCUUACUCCGUUGAUAAGCAGAAUCCUCUUCUUCCAAGAUUGUUUGCAGUUGUGGAUGAUAUAUUCUGCUUGUUUCAAGGACAUAUUGAGAAUGUUGCUCUUCUUAAGCAACAGUAUGGGUUAAACAAAACAGCAAAUGAGGUGAUCAUUGUCAUAGAAGCUUAUAGGACUCUGAGAGAUAGAGGUCCAUAUCCUGCAGAUCAAGUUGUGAGAGAUCUCCAUGGGAAAUUUGCAUUUGUUCUCUAUGACAGCUCUAACAGAACUGCAUUUCUAGCUGCUGAUGCUGAUGAGAGUGUUCCCUUCUUCUGGGGAGUAGAUUCUGAAGGCCAUCUUGUUCUUUCUGAUGAUGAAGAGACUGUGAAGAAGGGCUGUGGGAUAUCUUUUGCUCCAUUUCCUAAAGGAUGCUUCUUUACAACCUCUGGAGGUUUGAGGAGUUUUGAGCACCCGCUAAAUGAGUUAAGGGCAGAGCCACGGGUGGAUAGUUCUGGCCAGGUGUGUGGUGCAAAUUUCAAGGUGGAUGUUGAAGCCAAGAAGGAGACUGGCAUGCCUAGAGUUGGGAGUGCUGCAAACUGGUCCACACACUACUGAGCUCUUAAGUUAUAACCAUCUUGAUUACAUCAAGACUUUCAUUAUUCACUUGGCCUUGCAAUGCUUUUUCUUAUUCAUCCUUUUUUUUAAGUUCCGCUACCAUCUUGAUGACUCUGUUGCUUCAAUUUGUACUGAACUUCUAGUUAGAACAUACUGUCAAAACCAAGGCAUCUUUAUGCAGGCUAUAAAUGUUGCUCCAUAUUGAACUGAUCCUUUCACGGAUAAUGCAUGUAACAUGGAAUAAAAUUGCUUUACACUA